UCCCUGGGCUAUAUUACGGAACUGUUUCCUGUGCUAGAGUAUUGUCCCGGGGUGAGAGAGUGUGUGGAGGGAAUGUCCACACUGUUGACAGAUUGAUGGUACCUGGAGCUGUAAAUCUUGAGGAGGUGCUGAAGGGGAGUAGUGAGCACUCCACCUUCUUCAAACUACUCCAGGAGUCACAGCUUAGUAAAGAGUUAGUUUCUCCAUACACAAUCUUUGCUCCCACCAACCAGGCUUUCAUGAAGUUGUCAGAUGAAUCCCAGCACAAGAUAUUUGGAGACUCCAAGAUGGCCGAAAACGUGCUCCGUAAUCAUAUUGUACAGGAUGUUGUUUGUUGUUCAGCAGUUCCAAGCUACCUUCUUUUUUCCAGAGGAGAGAGGACUAUUGGAGGUCAUAGUAUACAUUUAAGGAGAACUUCUGGAGGGAGAGUUCUUGUUAACAAGGGAACCAUUGAGAGGUGUGAUAUUGUGGCUGAAAAUGGAAUAAUGCACAGUAUUGAUGCUGUCAUUCUACCAAAGAUUCUUCAGAGCAAUGAACAGGAGAAAACAAGAAUGUUCUGGAGUUUCUAGAAGAUCAAAGAAAUAAGAUCAAUCAUUAUCAAGAUGUGUUUUAAUAUAGACAUAUCUAUUUAAAGGGACUGUAAGCGUUAUUUUGAGUGACCCUCCAUGAAAAGAUGGCAAUGUUCGAUUUACAAAGAUACCCGGCCUUGAAACCUCUAUCUGCUCAAAAAUGUAGAAAAUACCGUCGUUUAACUGACAAAGAAAAGUGUUUAUUUUCGAGAAUCUCUCCAUUGUUUCUUGAGAGCAAGUGUAGUUCAAAGAAACAAAAACGUGGAUAUUUAAUUCAUAAUUGAUUAAUUUUAACAGUGCCGUUGUAAAUCGGGUAUUGCCAUCUUUAAGCAAGAGCUGAGGGUUUCUUGAAACCACUCUGCACUGUCUCUUUUAAUAUGUUUGCAUUUAAUACUUCAAUCUGAUUGUUUGUAGAAACCUUUAUAACAUUAUAUAAUAUUAUCUUUAAUUCAAAUAAAGUAAAAUUCAACAAUUAAAAA